UCGCUUGCGGCUCGUAGUCGUCGGCGCGCCUGCGAUUCGCGAGCACGCACAGCAUAUUGUUGUUCGAUAACGAGAGCGAGUGCCAUCGCCCGUCCCGAGUGUGUUAAGUGGCCGGCUAAUCUCUCGUCCUCAAUGAGUUUUAAUAAUCGCGCAGCGCUUUUAAUUCUCAAAAAUAUAAUUAUAUGCAAAGUAUAAUUAUAUGUAAACUACAUAUAUCUUUAAAUAAAAGUGACAAUAAAUUGCCAUAUUGUCGAACGCGUGUCGGACUAUACUUUAAUAUAAAAUUUAAUAAUUUGAGUAGUAAUACUCUUAAAUAAACACGCUGUCAAUAUACAUGAUUGUGUCGAACGAUACAAGUUAUAAGAUACAAACUAUAAAAUCGAACAUUUUUCGUGGUGAAAUUUAUCUUCUAUGUGGAACAGCUGUUGCUACAAGCUGUAAAAGUGUUCCGGCGCAAUUGCCUGAUACAGUGCAAAUCAUUUGUGGGAACCGUUGACCGUAAAGAGAUAAUUCCGGAGUCGAGUUUUCCUCGCGGUUUUUCGAAAGUGAAUCGUAGCCAGCGUGAUAGAUUUCGACAUUCACCGAUAUAGAAGUUCACUUUCGAAUGGUACACACGUGCAUCGCGCCCAUCGCAGAUAUUUAAAGGGCAAGGGCAAUAUAGACCUUUAAGCGGAUCGAUAUUGUCGCUUCCGAAAAUUUCGUGGAAGAAGAUUUAAUAAGAAGGUAUCCCUUCUCUCCUGUGUUUUACCACUCGAGGCAGGAUGGUCACGCAUAGUAUGGAUAACAUCCUGAACAUGCAAUACUACCCGACGAACAGCCACGUCGAUGCGUCGGUGCAUUCGCCGCCGCCGAGGAAGAGACGUUGCUUGAAUAAAGAGCAAGAUCCGAUGUCACACAGGAUCAUCGAGAAGCGGAGAAGAGAUCGUAUGAACAAUUGCCUGGCCGACCUCAGCAGGCUCAUACCGGCGGAAUACUUGAAGAAGGGUCGAGGCAGAGUCGAAAAGACGGAGAUCAUCGAGAUGGCGAUUCGCCACAUGAAGCAUCUUCAAGGCCUCCGGCAAGAUAACAAGCACUCGCCUGUGACGCCGGUGCACACGCAUCCCGAGGACAGCGUGGACAGCGUGUCACAUUCGACUGCGGCUUCCACCGCGGCGGAGCAUUAUAAGCUGGGAUUUCAGGAGUGUCUGAGCGAGACCAUACACUUCCUCAUCGAGGUCGAGGGCUUUUUCGCGAGGGAUGCCCUCUGCGUACAGCUCAUCAAUCAUUUGCAGCAGCACUGCGACAAAAUCGUAGCCACCAGUGACCGAUUAGGCUUCCCGCACACCGAGCUGCCAGUGAUGAACGGUACGAUGAACGGCGCCGGCUACUCGCACACAAGUAUUCCGACGAUAUGUCAGCCCAACGGCGGCCACUCGGACCACGGCUCGAGCUCGGGCGUGAGCUCGUUCGGCGACCCGGAACGUCCGCUGCUGCGACCGGCGAUCGUGCCGCCGCCGAUGAUCGUGAGUGACGACAGCAAUCACAGCACCCACUCGCACAGCACACCGCCCGGAACCGGGACCGUCUCCUGUCGGGACCGGCCGACCAACUACAAGUUCAAGAGCUCGAUCAAGCAGAGGUUCUCGGCGGAGAGGGUGAAAUCGUGUUCGCCGCCAGUGUCGAACGGCGCCGGGCUGGACAAGCCACCGUCCUCGUCGUCCCACGGGGUGCCAAUCUUCGCCCUGCACGACGUCGGAUCCUUCUACGUGCCGCUGACGGUCGAGGCGUCCCUGAUCAGACCGCAUCUGAGCUUCAUUCCGGAUACCGGACCCGACACCGUUUUACAUCCGGUCACGAUAUCUGUUAACUUCAAUCACUCGUCGCCGCCAGCGUGGUCGCAACACCAUAGUCCCACGCACCAGCAUUAGACAUGUUAAGAGGAAAGGUCUGUCAUCCGCUCGCUUGUGCGAACGAGGGAGGAUGUACUCUGAUCCAUCAAUGUUCCGAUUGUCGUCGGUAGACUGGAUCUUUGGAUCAACGCCCUAAUAUAUGAUUGUAAGAAAUCUGCGCAUUCUUGAAUAAUCUGUCAGUCAUUGCGAUGGAAUCGGGAGUGAUGAGGCCGUCCACAUGACGCUCGCGAGAAUCAAGAGAACAGCUUGUUAGUUCUUCUAUUUUAUUAACCGCAAUACGCGGUGGACGGACUAAAGUGGCCUAUAUACGAUACAAUUCAUUGGCAUAAUUAAUAUCAUCGUUAAUCUCAUAAUAUAAAUUCUAAUCAUGUUAUAAAACUCACUUAUUAUUCAUUAUUAUUCAUAUCCUAAAAUAUAUUUGGGACGAUAAUUAAUUGCGUCGUGUAUGGGCCGCUUUUCGGGUGUAUAUUGCGUAUAGGAGACGCCGAAGUCGAGGAUAUUUGUACAUUUACUGAGGCUGUGGGUCGCUUUAGCAUUUACGAGGUUUGAGAGAAUGUGUGUUAAGGGUUGUACAUAGGUAGAGUAUUAAGGAUAGGAAGCUCCAAGUCGUUCUGGCUUCGGUGUGUCUUUCCUCGUCGUUAAUCUAUAUAAAUUCGGACACCCGUUUUGCUCCUUCUUCCUUUUCCCCGGAUACUUCAUCUCUCGUUCCCGUUUUCACUCCGUCUGUUCUCCUUCCUCGACACUUAUUUUCCAUCUGCUCGACGAACUUUUCGCGUCACUAUGUUUCCUUGGUAAAAAAAAUCAAUAUGAAUAUUGAUGAGUCCGCGGAUAUCGGAUAUUAUCAAUUAUAUGUUGAAUAACAUUGAGUAUUCAGCGGAGGAGCAGGUUGCGUCUCAAUACAAAUCAUGGAUCUGGAAACAACCUCAUUUCUUAUGUGUCAUGUGGUAAGAUCAUUGACAUAAUAUGAAAAGAAUAAAAGAUCGUAUUUCCAUAUGUCUAUGGAAAUAAGAUUUAUUUCAUUGACUAUGGUCGGUAUUCAUAGUCAGAUCUCAUAUAUAACAUCGUCUUCAGAUAUUCCGUAGCCAAUAAAACGAGUCGUACAGCUUCUCAAAAUAAACUUGAGACGAUCUUAAAUAUAAAUAUAAAUUCAUCUGACGAUGAAUACCACACUGUGUCUAGAAAAAGAUUUAUUUCUGUUAGUAUAACACAGCAAACGCAUGACAAUAGACAAACAUUAUCAACCUAACAGAAUUUAUUCACGCAGGAGCGAUGAUCUUGCUUCGAGAUCCUAACGGAUUGAUCCGUAUAAGCCGAUGAUUUUCCGUAUUUGCGAUGUAAGUUAGAAUAAAAGUGCCUACGUAUACAUACACACACCCACACACGUAUAUGUAAAACUAUACAUAUGUAUGUAUAAUA